CAGACUUUCACUCAUCAGGCUGUACAUUUGACUUCUUGUUUGCAGCACCAGAGGCCGAGGCAACUGUGUGACUGAAACCAACUAUGGAGGAAGCACAUAGAAUGGAUCUGACCUACAUCACUGAACGUAUCAUUACCAUAUACUCCCCUCCCGGGUGUCCAGAGGAGAUCUAUCUGCAGAACCUAUGGGAGAUUAUUCCCAUGCUGCAGUCCAAGCAUGGACAAAACUACAUGCUCAUCAACCUCUCCCGGAAGCAUGACACUGUGAGAAGACUCAACCACAAGGUUUUGGACACAGGAUGGGUGGAUCUCUUGGCUCCCAGCCUGGAUCAGAUCAUUGGUGUGUGCACAGCAAUAAAGAACUGGCUGAACGCCCAUCUAAAGCAUGUCCUCGUGUUACACUGCAGGGGAGGAAAAGGUCGACUUGGAGUUUUGGUGGCAUCCUACAUUCACUUCACCUCCAUCUCAGCCAGUGCAGACCUUUCCCUCGACCAUUUCGCCAUGAGGAGGUUCUACAAUGACACACUCUCUGCUCUUAUGACCCCUUCACAGAAACGGUAUGUAUGGAUGCUGGGCAGCAUAUUAAAAGGCAGACUAAAGAUGUCUCCUUCUCCAUCUUUCCUGCUCUGUGUUGUUCUUUAUAGUCUCCCCAAACUAAGACCAGAUGGAGGAUGUUUCCUGUUCUUGAGGGUCUACCAAAGUCUACAAGCUGUUUGCACGUCUCCAAUUUACCAUGUUAAUGCAGCUGAGACAGAUCGCCUCUACAUUGUGCUUCAGCCCGCUCAGCUGCUCAAAGGGGACAUCAUGGUGGUUUGUUAUGACAAAAACAGCCGGUCAGCCAGUCGUCAGGUCGUCUUCCGGCUCCAGUUUCACACGGGCCUCAUAUGUGGACACGCCCUCACUUUCUCAAAGGCGGACCUUGACUGUGCCAGAGAAGAUGCCCGGUUCCCAGAAGAUGGAAAAGUAGAGCUGCUAUUCUCUGAAAGUCCUGAAAAAAUUGCAGGCAGAGAGCUAUGGCACAAUGGACGCUCUGUGACAGUGGACUAUGACACCUUGGACCCUUUGGUUAGACGAGACUCUUAUCAGGACACAUCUUGUCUAGAAACAGCUCCCCCCCAUGCCCUGGACCCUGGAAACAUUGUUUUGAGUGCCAGAGAGAGGAAGACGAGUAGUGAGGAAGGAGCUUCAUUCCCUUUAACUACCUGCAGUGGUAGUUGCAGUGACCGAGCUCCAUCUGCCAGCAGUGAUUCUGGCUUGUCUGUUGCCUCACAGGGGCUGACUGGAGCCAGACUGAAGAGAGAAGCCAACCAGGACAAGUGCACCCAAGCAGGGAAGCUGGUCUCUGAGGUGGACUUUGAGCUUCCUCAGCGUCUUCAGGAAGUCAUGACUGAGCUGGCUUCAACUAGUGGAAGAAAGGAGGAGAUAGCUAGAGAUGAGUCUGGAUUGGGACACACAAUCAAUGGAGAGGCUUCGUCCAGCGAGAGGGAGACUGACAUAUUGGAUGAUGAGGAUGAAGCAGAUAGUGGUGCAGUUCCUGCUCUAGACAUUCCGAACUCAAGUAGUAUUUGCUCCCUCUCGUCCGAAAAUCUGCCCAAAACUCAGAAUCUAGCCCAAAGUGAGUACUUGACGCACUCCUGGGUACAGCAGCAACAAAAGGCUGCUGUCAGUGAUAACUUCAUUACAGUUGAUGGGGAUGGGAAGUCGAGCAGGAUAAAGAAAGGGAGGCCACCACCUCUGGCUGCAUCUGUGGCUGCUCCAGACACUCCACCUCGAGGACUCAGCAGCAGGGAAGCAGUGCAGAGAGGGCUGGUGCACGAGAAUGAUGCACAUAUCAUAGAUAAAACACAGAACAUACACUCUGCUAAUACCACACAAACGUCAGCUUGUCAAGAAGACGAACUAGCGUCUUUAUCCACAGACAUUGAUGAGUCCAUAGAGCAGCUCAAUCAGCUGAUUCUGGAUUUGGAUCCCACCUUUGUUCCUGUUCCUACCUGCUAUUCCCCCUUAACUCGCUCUGCUUCCCUACACAGCAAUGGCCUCAGCAACAAGGGAAGAACUCAUCAGUCAGGUUGGAUACAACAGAAGCAGGUCACUGAUGUUACAGAUUACGCUGGUCAUCAUAGUCCAGUAUGGAGAGAGGGUGGACAUCAGAGCCUAAGGAGUUCCCCAGGCUACAGUCCUUCCUUGCCCUCUCAGCACGGACAUCUCUAUAAAUACAACAGUGUGGACUAUCAAGGACGGACAGUUAGCUCUGACAUCGUCCCUCCCACUCCUGCCUUCCCAGUGUCUCCUCCAACGCCUUAUGUGAAACAUUUCUCAGAGUUUUCCCAGCUCAGGACAGGCAGGCAGUUUGACCAACACAGCUUGACACAAGAUUCCCGGAGUUUCCUGGACAGCAUGAACCACGGCAGCAGCUCCACAGAGGGAGAGAUAUUCAGAUCAGACGUUCCUGCUUCCUGUCAGAGGAUCUUUGGCUCCAUGUGCUCAGUGUCAUCGGGCAGCCACCUCCCACACGCAGACAGCUCCACUCCUCCUCCAGUGUGGCACGACCAUACUUCAAACUCCCUGAACUCCCCGUAUCCUUCCCAGCCAUCACCUCCUCUAUCUCUCAACUCUCCCAAUGCCCACAGUUCUCCUCAUGGGCCCGCAGGGGCCCACAGGGGGAGGGACAGCACAGACUUGUCCUCGUUAUUGUUGGGGAAUGGUGGCCUGGAGGAGAGCCUGCUGGAGGCAAUGGAGGGCCUUGGUAGUUUUAACCUGUUUGGAGAGGAGGGCCUUGCUCCACUGUUGCCUGAGAAAAGAAGGGGAGGUGAAGGGGGAGAACUUAGCUCCCGCUCCCCUUCACUGAGUGGAUAUUCUAGCCCUCGUAGUGGAAGCAGUCUCAGCAUCCCUUUCUCAUCUUCCAUGACCCCUGACCCCUUAAGAGGAAUCAGUGGGGCCUCGUCACCUGGAGCAGACUCUGGCAGUAAGCAGGACACUGUGAAGUUUGUUCAGGACACUUCCAAGUUCUGGUACAAGCCCGACAUUUCCAGAGACCAAGCCAUCGCGGUGCUGAAGGACAAAGAGCCGGGUUCGUUCAUUGUCAGAGACAGCCAUUCAUUUCGUGGCGCAUACGGUUUGGCCAUGAAGGUGGCUACACCUCCUCCAACAGUGAUACAGAGCAAAAAAGGAGGAGAUCUGUCUAAUGAGCUGGUGAGACACUUCCUGAUAGAGUGCACACAGAAAGGUGUUCGGCUUAAAGGAUGCCCCAAUGAGCCUUACUUUGGAAGUCUCACAGCGCUGGUGUGUCAACACUCCAUCACGCCAUUGGCUCUGCCCUGUAAACUCAUCCUGCCUGACAAAGAUCCACUAGAGGAGCUGAAUGACUCCUCUACACAGACAGCAACGAACUCAGCAGCUGAGCUUCUCAAACAAGGAGCAGCGUGCAAUGUGUGGUACCUGGGCUCCGUAGAGCUGGAAUCUCUCACGGGCCACCAGGCGGUCCAGAAGGCGACCACAGUCACGCUCUCCAUGGAUCCGCCACCUCCCUCCACUGUCGUACAUUUCAAAGUCUCAGCGCAGGGAAUCACACUCACUGACAACCAGCGGAAGUUGUUCUUCAGGAGACACUACGCUGUCAACACUGUCAUAUUCUGCUCUCUGGACCCGCAGGGCAGGAAGUGGACACGAGACAGCGGCUCCACUGCAAAGAUCUUUGGAUUUGUUGCCAGAAAAUCUCAGAGUGAGACUGAAAACGUGUGCCAUCUGUUUGCUGAGCACGACCCUGAGCAGCCUGCGAGCGCCAUUGUCAACUUUGUCUCGAAGGUCAUGAUCGGGUCGCACAAGAAGUAGCGAGAAAGAGACUUGAGCAGUGGAGUAAAAAACUUGGACUUAUAGGAAUCCUGCCCAAAAGGCAUAUAAAUAUGAAAAACUUUGAACCCUUACACUCCAGCGCUUUCAGCUCCUAUUCCUACCUGCGGAGUAGAUUUGUCUUUUGCACUGCAGGAUGCUAGCACCAGAGGGAGCCAAAAGCAUGAAAGUCAGUUCACAUUUUGGCUAUUUUCUUGAAAUUUUAUUUUGAAACUUAUUCUAAACACACUUAUGACAUUGAUCUUGCUUGUGGCAGACAGUGAAAACUGCCCAUUGUAACACACUUAUUUCAAAUCAAGGAAUAUUAGAUAGUCCACACACAAACACAUAUUUCUAAACACAAUUUCAAUUCUGAUUUUUCUGUGUUUUACUUGUAAAAAGAGUCAAAACAGGUUUCAUCAUCAGCUUUUGUAAACUAAUUGUUAUGUUCAGUGAAACCAACAAUAUUUUAGCAUGACAGGCAAUAUUUUGGUUUCCCUGUACUUAAGAUGAAUCAUUUAUGCCAUGUUUAUGUAUUGGUUGAGAUAUUUAUCCAUUUUAAAGAUGUGUCAUUGUCUUUAUUUUCCCAAAAUAUAUUUGUCAUAUAUUUUUUGUAUAUUAACACAUAUUGUACAUUAGCAUUAAAGGAAGUGAACUUAA